UGGAUCUAUAAGCUUGUUAUAUAAAGGAGGAUAGAUAGUGAGGGUUUUCUACCUUCUUCUACCUAAAGGAAGUCUUUACACAGAGAACCAAAAGAAAAAUAAAGAGAAAAGAACAAAAAAAAAAAGGCUUUAAAUUUGUAAAUUUAGAAUAAAUGGAAGAACAUCUAAAUCCAUUAGCAGUGACUCAUCUUCUUCAACACACACUAAGAAGCUUAUGCAUCCAUGAGAAUUCUCAAUGGGUUUAUGCUGUUUUCUGGAGGAUCUUGCCCAGAAACUAUCCACCUCCCAAUAGAUGGGAUGGUCAAGGAGCUUAUGAUAGAUCAAGAGGGAACAGGAGAAACUGGAUCUUGGUUUGGGAAGAUGGGUUUUGCAACUUUGCAGCUUCUGCCGCGGAAAUGAGCUCCGGGGAGUGUAGUGGCGGCGGCGGUGGCUCAACGGGCUACGGAAAUAGUGAUUUUCAACAAUACCAAGGGCUUCAGCCUGAGUUGUUCUUCAAGAUGUCUCAUGAAAUCUACAAUUACGGAGAAGGGUUGAUAGGAAAAGUAGCUGCAGAUCACAGUCACAAGUGGAUUUAUAAAGAACCUAAUGACCAAGAGAUUAACUUCUUAUCUGCUUGGCACAAUUCUGCUGACUCAUACCCUAGGACAUGGGAAGCUCAGUUUCAGUCAGGUAUCAAAACCAUUGCCUUGAUUUCUGUUCGAGAAGGUGUUGUCCAGUUAGGAGCUGUUCACAAGGUGAUAGAGGAUUUAAGCUAUGUUGUGAUGCUAAGAAAAAAGCUGAGCUAUAUAGAGAGCAUCCCUGGAGUACUUCUUCCUCAUCCUUCUUCUUCUGGUUACCCUUUCAUCAACGCUUCUCCUUCUGACACGUGGCAUUUCCCCGGAGUCGCUCCUCUUCCGCAUCAGCAGCAUGAACACCAGUUUUAUCACUCUGACCACAACCACCGCUUCUUGAUGGGCCAUCACAACCAGCCACAAGCGGUAGUAGGAGGGGCUGCACCGCCUCUACCACUUUCGAUGAAGAUAACGCCCUCAAUGAGUAGCCUCGAGGCGCUUCUCUCAAAGCUUCCGUCAGUUGUACCUCCGGCAACGCAGCCGGGGUACUACCCGUUUCACCACAGUGCUAAAGAAGAAAUGAGUCAAGAAGAACAAAACGAUGCGUUUAGGGUUGAACGUAAUGAUUUGGUGGGUGAGGGUAGUAAUAAUCAUAAUCAUAAUAAUUACAAUAGUAAUAAUGAUAUGUAUAACUAUAGCAAUAAUUGCAGCAACAAUAAGAUCGGUGGGUUUCUUAGUGAGGAUUAUUGAGUCUAGUAAAAUAUCUCUUUUUUUGUCGUACAAUAAGUAUAAAUUGUACUAAGAAUUUUCGUAGUCUGACAUUUGUAAUUCUUAGAUUUUAUUUUUCUCUUAGUUGUCAAAAAUAAUAUAAAUUAUUUUCUUAUAAUA